AUGAGUACGAAGAAGGUGGAAGGGUCGUCUUCUCCGGCGAUUCGACGGGACCCGUACGAGGUACUUUCCGUAUCGAAGGAUGCGAAUGAUCAGGAAAUCAAAUCCGCUUACAGAAAACUAGCUCUAAAGUAUCAUCCAGACAAGAAUGCCAACAAUCCCGAAGCUUCUGAGCUUUUCAAGGAAGUUGCAUUUUCCUAUAGCAUUUUGUCUGACCCGGAAAAGAGAAGGCAAUAUGACAAUGCAGGAUUUGAGGCCCUCGACGCUGAUGGAAUGGACAUGGAAAUCGACUUGUCGAACCUCGGAACCGUAAAUACAAUGUUUGCUGCAUUAUUCAGCAAACUAGGCGUGCCUAUCAAGACUACUGUAUCUGCCAAUGUUCUUGAAGAGGCUAUGAAUGGAACUGUUACUGUUAGGCCACUUCCUAUUGGAACAUCAGUUAGUGGGAAGGUAGAGAAGCAAUACGCUCACUUUUUUGGAGUUACGAUUAGUGAACAACAAGCUGAGUCAGGGGUGGUUGUUCGAUUACUUUAUUUCGAGCAAGAAUCAAGUGGCGGCUAUGGAUUGGCCUUACAGGUACAAAAUAAUAUCUCUCUUACAUCGUGGUUCUAUUUGUUCUUGCAGGAAGAGAGUGAGAAAACAGGCAAGGUGACGUCAGCUGGAAUGUAUUUCCUACAUUUCCAAGUAUACAGAAUGGAUUCUACAGUCAAUGCGUUAGCUGCAGCCAAGGACCCUGAAUCUGCGUUCUUCAAGCGAUUGGAAGGUCUUCAACCUUGUGAGGUUUCGGAACUGAAAUCUGGCACUCAUAUAUUUGCAGUUUAUGGUGACAAUUUCUUUAAGACUGCAUCUUACACGAUUGAGGCACUCUGUGCAAAGACCUAUGAGGAUACAACAGAGAAGCUGAAGGAGAUUGAAGCUCAGAUUUUAAGAAAAAGAAACGAGCUGCGGCAGUUCGAGACAGAGUACCGAAAAGCUUUGGCGCGCUUUCAAGAAGUUACCAACAGAUACACACAGGAGAAGCAAACUGUGGAUGAGCUGCUAAAGCAACGGGAUACAAUACAUUCGUCCUUCUCUGUCGUGAAAACACCAAGCGGCGGCAACAACUUGAGCAAUGGGAGUAGCAGCAAAGCUCAGGGAGAGGAAUCAAAAGGCGAUGGGGAUAGCGCGGGAGAAGAAGGUGGAUCAGAGAGUAAAGACAAAUCCAAGAGGAAAUGGUUCAACAUGAACAUGAAAGGAUCAUCUGAUAAGAAGCUUGGUUGA